UAGUUGUUAGCAAAGCGUUCCCAGUGAGCUUUGAUCCCUUAAACUCUUCAUUUGUGUUUGAAUCUCAAUCACCCUCGUGUCUGUGCACUCCAUAAACCUGCGGGGAGAGGGCCACGUCGAUGUGCCACGGGAGUGCCUUAUUUGAUUUGCAUGUGUUUAUUAGAGGAGAGCGAGCUCAUGCCGUGAGAGCACUCUGUUUCGUACGACACUAAUGACUGGAGGUUGCUGGGGAGUCGAGGCCCUGAUGCUGCUGUAAUCCCGGUGAUUACAGAGAACCACUCGUUCUGUCUGAGGACUGAUCCGGGAGCCUCUGGACAGGUUGCCUCUGUAUGUGUGGACGCAGUGUCUGCGAGUGAGAUGCAGAAGGCAAGGAGGCACGCAGCAGUGUAAAGCAAACUACAGCACACAUCAAGCCAUAGGCACAUUAAUCAUGCAUCAACUUCUUUGCAUGUCUGUUCUCGGAUGGAUGAACACCAUAUCUCAAGCAGAAUGGCCCUAGACGUUGCUCUCUUCAUCUCUUUAUGCUGCUUUUAACAUCAGUGUGCUGGUUCCUCGGAGCGCCGCGUUGCCUUAUCCCUGCAGUGGCUCCAUGGAGGCAUGUCUUUUAGAAGGGCGAGAGCUGCAGCUGCACUUCUCGUGAUGUUUCCUAAUACUCUGGAGCCCCACAGGUAUGAGCUUCAAACGGGCACGAGACGCCGCUGUCUCCUCCGACAGAGCGGAGACUGGGACUAAUCGCAGCGGGCGCCACACACCUCAGGAAGGUAGCAAUUUUCCAUCAUUACCGUUAAAUCCUCCUUAAAAGAACCGGAUUCCACAGACCUAAUUACAAGGUGUUAAUAAUAACAAUGUAAUGACAGUCAUUUUAAAGCCUGCCCAAAACCAUAAUCCAUCUCUAAACUGACUGUCGCAGUUAAGUGCGUAGUUGCUGUAAGAGCACCAUGAUUAAUAUUGAUUACCAUUGCGAUCACUCCUACAAUAGCUGUGUUGGGGCCUGCAAGUUGGGGCUUGACUUAGCAGCUCUGUCAGCUUUUGUGCAGCAGAAAAUCCGACUUUUAAGAUAGAUCCCACCCCGAUCCGCUCUAUCCAGCUGCUGCUGAUGCUCGGGAGACACAGCCUAAUGGCUGGGGUAGAGUUUAGCACACGGGGGAUUGAUUUACAUGUAUUUGUAGCCAGGUUUCAGUCCAAGAUUCUUAUGUAUUAAUUCGAGGUAUCAAGCAGCUUCUGUGUUCUCACUGUCAGCUCGCAGUAAAAAAAAAAAAAAAAAACGCUGUCAGUAAUUAUGAUAAAACACUGUGAGCUAUUUUCAAGGAACAAUCUUCUCCUUGGUAAUUACUGGUAAAUGAGGCUCAUGUGUAGCUGUGCUUAGGGGUGUGGUAGACUGCCCCAAACACACCGUCCAAUCACAAGUCUUCCCAGGACCCCGGGAUCAGGACGCAUCGUUUGGCUCAAGGUCCGCGUCUGCCAAAGUUUUUUUUCCCAACUUUGUGACAACUUCGGGAGAGUUGCUCCGACCCGCACGCCGCGUGUUUGCGCUCCGUGACACAUAAAAAAAAAAAACAAACAACGUAAGGUAUGUGGCUUCUGGAUUGAAAUUAAAUAUUGAUCGCGGUCCAAAAAGGAAGCAUGUCGGCCUCUGGAGACUCGAGAGAUGAGUUUUCCGCGGACGAAGAUGUGCAACGAUCGCGAGCGAGGAAGCGCGCGGCACAGGUGUCCUCCUGUCUGCCCUUCAGCGUGGAGGCGCUGAUGUCGGACAGAGGCCCGCUGGCAGCGACCGAAAGACCGAAUGGGAAUGACGACCUGGAUGAGGAUGAGGCGCGCAAGCCCGACGAGUUUAAUCAGCGCGUAGCAUCCGUUAAAUCAGAGUCGUCGGAACCGGAGGAAAGUCCGUCUUGGACAUCAGGCUCCAUUAAUAUCUCCACACCACCCGGGCAGCUCAGUCCAGCAGUCUGCUCCCUGAGGAAGCACAAAACCAACCGCAAGCCACGCACUCCCUUCACCACGAUGCAGCUCCUGGCCCUCGAGAGGAAAUUUCGCCAGAAGCAGUACCUGUCCAUCGCCGAGCGGGCCGAGUUCUCCUCCUCCCUGUCGCUGUCCGAGACGCAGGUCAAGAUCUGGUUCCAGAAUCGACGAGCCAAAGCCAAGAGGCUCCAGGAGGCCGAGGUGGAGAAACUCAAAAUGACGGCGGGCGUGGGGUCCAAGGCUGCGUUCUAUCCGGGCUUCUCGUCUUUAGGCUUUCCCCUCAGUGUUAACCUGCAGGCCGGUUCGUCGGCACUCUACGGACUGGGCACCUCAUAUGGCCGCGGCCCCACUUUCCCUCCCGCACAUCUGGCCAUGUACGCCUCACGGCUCGGCUACAGCCUGUUCCACCUCUCCUGAGGGAGGAAGCAUCACUGCAGGACUACGGAGACAGAGAGUGUUUUUAACAAGGAAUGACAAGAGUGUAUCAUUAAAUGAUGCGCCACGUGGGAAAAAAACUUGUCUGCAAAGUGGAUUUUCUCUUGAGUCACAAGAAGAAUCUUCUGAAUGGUCCAUUUCAUGGAGGGACGAGGAAACAACACUUUGAGUCUCCUUUACUGUCUGAAAGCUUCAUUGUAACCGUUGUUGUUGUUUUGUUUCUGCUCUUUUUGUACAUAUUUUUCACUCGUCAGCCCUGGAUAUGGAGAGAAAUCUGAUAAUUAUCAGAGAAAAAGCACGACCCAAGU